CUCACGCUAGUAGAAAUGUCAUCCAUCUCCUCUUAAAAACAAAUCCAAGCUAUCAAGCGAACCCCAACAAAUCCAUCAAAGCCCAUCAAUCCCAUGGAAGCCACGUUCUGCCUAUCUCGCCACCUCUGUACGAAGCCCAUCUUCACCACACCUUACGACAGAUCAACCAUCUUCCACUUUCACGUCGAUCUCAGCUUCCACCGCCAUUGUUCACUGCCUGUCCGCACUCUGCAAUCAUGGCCCACUCAGAAGGCCCAUCGAAAGACGUCAGUCGUCAACUCUCUUCCGACGCCUAAAGACAAAAACGGUGGCGAUGAUGGGGUUGAGCCGCCCAUAUUGGUGAAGACAACGGUAGUCAUGGCUUGUGUCCUAGGAGCCAUAUGUUUGAGCGGCAUGGUGGGCCCACGGGCACUCGCAAUCCCACUAGGAAUUAAUUUCCCGUGGUCGAUGGGUAACCAAAACCCUACAGUUAGUGAUCAGAACGAUAACCCGAUGGGAACUAUAGGAAAUGAUGAGAAGGAUAACCUGAUGUUACUUAAUGAGAGAGCACUCAAGGCGUUGAUGGAUGCAAUUGAUCCACCCCCUCAGAGAUCAGAAUUGGAAAAGGCUAAAAGCAAGCUGGCUGAGCUUAUAGAGGAAGAGCGAUUUGAGUUUACCGAUUUGCAGGAUCUUGCACGCAAGCUGAAAAUGACUGACAGGGCAGAUGCAACGAUAAAAAAAUUACAAACCAAGUAUGAAACCUUCCGCAAAGAGAAACGCGGUCAGGAAUUUUAUGAACUAAAGUUAAUAUUAGUAGAGAUGCUUCUCUACCAAGGAGAAUAUCAAAAAGCUAUAACGCUUCUGCAACCAAAUUACGGAAGAGGCUCUAAAGCAGACACCAAAGGGGGCCCAAGUUCCAAUGACGUGGAAGUGGAACGUUUUUUCAUGUCGGAUGCGAGGCCUGAACUAUACCUGGCUGCUGCAUAUCUACUAAUUGGUGAUGAACGAGAGGCUAGAAAGAAUUGGACAGAUUUUCAAGAGAAGGCUAAAGGGUCUUUUGGCGCGCCACCCAGAAUUGACGGUGAAGAUGGUAACGGAGGUGGACCGCCACUGGCCCAAACCAUGAAGUUUGAAAUUUUUAAAGCUCGCAUGGAGGAACUAAAACGAAAAAUAGAAGCAGCUAAGAAGAAGCCCAAGUAAUGGGAAUUCUCUCUUGGUAAUCGCUUGUUGUUGUUGUUGUUGUUGGUUUUUUUUUUUUUUUUUUUUU